CGCUGUUCUAACAAUCGAUCAUCAUAUAACAAUUGGAAACAUGACAGAGGCAAAGAGUACAGGAAUGAUGGAUACUGAACCAGGCGGAGAGAACACUCAGUACGAAUCAGCAAACACCUUCACCAAACCACAUGCCAAAUCCCAAGGACAAUUCUCCGAUCCCAAUCCGAAUGAGGCUAAGCGACAACUCGACGGACAGAAGCAGCAGCGAGGCGAGCAGACGGCGGAGAACAUACGAUAUGGGGAGGCUAUAAGUGAACAUGGGUUUGGUGGAGAGACUAUUGGCAACACCGGGGAGGCGAAUCAGGGGGCUGGUGUUGGGAGGGAGGUGGAGGAUAGAGAUGGGAAUGGACAGAUGCGGAGAGAACAGGGGUAUGGAAGGGGAAGUGGUGUUGGUGGAUAGGGGUUGGAGUGGAGAGGGGAAUUAAUGAAUUGUGAGGGUUUAUUUUGCAUGGGUGGUGCAUGAGGGCGAUAUAUCUGAGAAGUGGUACUAGUAGAUGUCUCUGAAUGUGUAACGGAUUCUGGAGGGAGUGGGAAGUUUGAACGAGAUCUUGGCAUCCCGUAUUGAAUAACUUGCCGUGUAACGUUCCCCAGCCACCGAAGAUUCGAAGGAAGAUACGGUGAAGCAAGCCGGAUUUGGCGUGCAGAGAGCAGCCCGUCACAGGUUACAGAUGAGCAUCAAACUGAUGCAGGGAAUCACGCCGCAUGCAGCCUGCAGG